AGAGAAAAAGCUUGGAAAGCCGCCUCGGAGCUUCGUUCCGUCCGGCGAUUCCCUUUGCAAAGGACGCCGGGAGGUGUAGUUCUCGGCAAGGGAAGCUCGUAGUUCUCUGCAAACAUGGAGCGGGGCUCUGCCCGCGAGGCGCCCGCAGCCCCGGGCCCCCCGCCGGGGGAAGAUCACGUCUCCGGGUUUAUCGAGGUGGAACAAAAGUUUCUUUUUGGGCCUGACACCGUCGAGAAGUUGGGGAAGCUGGGGGCGAUCCGGGAAGGCAGUGUCUCUUUUCGGGACUGCUAUUAUGAUGUACCAGACUGGUUCCUGACUCGGGCGGACCACUGGCUGCGGGAACGUGAAGGGGCUGGCUGGGAGCUAAAAUGUCCCCCCCAGUUAGCGGCUGAGGUUAUGGGAAGCAAGGGGACACCAUGCGCGGCACGGAUGGAUAACCAUCCCUCUCCACCUUCGCCACCACCAAAGGUCUCAAGCCGACCCCAAGCAGCCACUCAGUACCAAGAAGUGACAUCUCCCCAAGAUAUCGUGACCCGCAUCUGUGGAUUAUUAGAGAAAGACCCAGCUGAGAGCUGGAGGGGCUGCGUGUCCGAAGCAGUAGAAGGACUCAACUUGCAAGUGUUUGCCAGCUUUGUGACCACACGGCGCAAAUACCGUGUGGGCGACCUGCACGUGGAUCUUGACGAGGCAGAUUUCGGCUACACCGUGGGCGAGGUGGAAGCCGUUGUCCCGCGGUUAGAAGAAGUCCCCGAAGCUUUGGAGAAGAUAGAGAAGUUUGGUAGACAGCUAGGCUUUGAAGAGAAGACAGCCAUUCCUGGCAAGAUGUCUGUAUACCUGCACAAAUUCAGACCUGCCCAUUACAAGGUUUUGAUGGAGGCUGGAAUCGUGCGGAAAGUGAAAAAUGAUGGACAAGAUGGAAAUGUCUGAUGGGGGCAGGAACCAGGAUGGGGUGAGAGAGUUCCAUCUUCAAACUACUGGCCUCCGUGCCAGAAUUAUCCUUAAAUUAAAAGAAUAAUUAAAGUA